AUGUCUACUCCAUCUUCCAACACUAAACCGUCGCCCAACCUUGCAAUUAUUGGCGGAGGAAUCGCUGGCCUAACCCUGGUAAUUGCACUGCUCAAACAUGCUCCAGCUCUUCCAGUCACGCUCUACGAGUCGGCAUCAGCAUUUGGUGAGAUUGGGGCGGGUGUUGGGUUUGAGCCUGUGAUGGUGCGAACGAUGGGUCUGAUUGAUUCGCGCAUUGUAGAUGCCUAUGUGAAGUGCUCUCGAGGUAAUGCGCCAACAGAUCCACCGAUAUGGAUGAGGAUGCGUGUGGGAGAUCAGAGAUGGUUAAUGAGCGGCCGCGGAGAUGGGAUAGGGCUGGACAGGCUGGAGAAGGAAAAUAUCGGUCUUGAUGAGGAGGUUUUUAACAUACCAUCACGCGGGAAAGGGCCAAGAGGGGGUGUACAUCGCGCGCGCUUCUUGGAGGAACUAGUCAAGUUGAUUCCAGCUGGCAUUGCGCAGUUCCGCAAAAGGUUGGUUGAUAUUACAGAGGCUGCUGAUGGCUCAGGCAAUGCGGUUCUGCAUUUUGCCGACGGUACGACUGCAACUCAUAGUGCAGUCCUGGGAUGCGAUGGUAUCAAAUCAAAGUCUCGUUCAGCUGUUCUAGGUGACCCCGAUGCGACAGCUGCAGUGUUCUCUGGUAAAUAUGCGUAUCGAGGCUUAAUCCCAAUGACCAAAGCAGUUGAAAUCAUGGGUCCGAUAGUCCCCAAAUCAGCGCAGAUGUAUCUCGGGUACCACGGUCAUCUGUUAACGUUCCCGAUAGCGAAUGGAACCAUUAUGAAUGUGGUCGCAUUCUCGUCGCGAUCAGAAUGGGUAGAGAAGGAUUGGGUGGUGAAAACUCCGCGAGAAGAAAUGCUUGAUGAUUUCAAGCACUGGGGCGCAACCGUGCAAUCGAUCAUGGAACAUUUGCAGAAACCAGAUAUUUGGGCGCUCUUCGAUCACCCACCGGCGUCAACUUAUUACCGCACUAACCCAUUGAUUUGCCUCGCCGGCGAUGCUGCGCAUGCCAGCACGCCCCAUCAAGGGGCCGGAGCGGGAAUGUGUAUCGAAGACGCAUACAUCUUGAGCCAGCUACUUUCGAAAUGUCAAUCUAAGGGCGAUAUAAGCAGGGCUUUCGCCGCAUAUGACCUUGUACGCAGGCCGAGAAGCCAGAAGCUCGUCAAAACAAGUCGGGAAGCUGGGAUGUUGUGGGAAUUCGAGGGUGAAAACGUGGGUGAUGAUCUGCGUGCAUUACAACAGAAUGCACAGCAAAGAAUGGCUUGGAUCUGGGACUAUGAUAUCAGCGAGGAUCUCGAAAGGGCGACACGCGCAAUGGCAGGCAGCGCAUAA